UGCGUAACGCACUGCGGCUAACUGACGGUUCGCGUCUGUCAGUCGGUCGAUUCUGCUGCUCCUGCUGAGCAGAAAUUAACGGACGAAAAAGAAUCGGAAAUUGACACGGGCCACGAAAAUUGAACUCUUCAAUUGAACAUAAGCCGUCCCCGGGAACAAACCGGCGCCAGCGCAUGGGUCACUGACCACUGGCCAACACACACACACCAGCCACCAUCCUCAUCGGCUCAACUGGAACAAGCCGAGCACGGGAUCUGCAACUAAUGGCCCUUCUCACGGAGUGUUACUAAGGGCAGCAGCAAUGUCGGGCUCCUACGAUGAAUCCAUGAUCGAUGUCUCCAGUGAUAGUUUCUGGGAGGUCGGCAACUACAAACGAUCAGUGAAACGGGUGGAUGAUGGCAGUCGGCUGUGUAAUGAUCUGAUGAACUGUCUUCAUGAGCGGGCGCGUAUUGAAAAGUCCUACGCUCAGCAGCUGACAGAGUGGGGAAAGCGCUGGCGGCAACUCAUAGAAAAGGGCCCUCAGUACGGCACGUUGGAGCGGGCGUGGUCAGCUCUGUGCACGGAGGCGGAGAAGGUGAGCGACCUCCACAUGGAGGUGAAAUCGGCCCUGAUGGGAGAAGACUACGAGAAGCUGAAGAACUGGCAGAGAGACUCGUACCACAAACAGAUGAUCGGCGGCUACAAAGAGACCAAAGAGGCCGAGGACGGCUUCCGCAAGGCCCAGAAACCCUGGGCAAAGAAACUCAAAGAGAUGGAAACAAUGAAGAAGUCUUACCACUCUGCCUGUAAAGAAGAGAAGCUGGCAGCCAGCAGGGAGACCAACAGCAAACUGGAGAACAACAACCCCGAUGCCCAAAAGAAGCUCCAGGAGAAGGUGGAGAAGUGUCAGCAGGAGGUGCAGAAGACAAAAGAACGCUAUCAGAAAUCCCUGGAGGAACUCGACAAGUUGACCCCUCAGUACAUGGAGAACAUGGAGCAGGUGUUUGAGCAGUGGCAGCAGUUUGAAGACACACGAAUCUGCUUCUUCAGAGAGCUGCUGCUGGAGGUUAAACAGCACCUGGAUCUCUCAACCAAUCACAGAUUCCAGACAAUCUACCAGACGCUGGAGGACACGGUCUCUGCUGUUGAUGCUGAGGACGACCUGAAGUGGUUCCGGUCCAAUCACGGGCCCGGCAUGCCGAUGAACUGGCCCCAGUUCGAGAAUGUGGACUGCUCCCAUCCUCGCUCCUUUAGAAGAAGGUCCAUUGUAGACUGGUCCAUAGACCUGAACCGAACCCUCAGCAAACGAGAAAAGAAAAAGCCAUCCGAGGGCGUCACACUGACCGGCAUCAGUCAAACUGCGCCAGACCAGCAUGUUCCGCCCGUCAAGACCAGCAGCAGCCUGAAUGUGCCCACUAACACGGCGCCAGUGGGCUCAAACCCCUUUGGCGAUGGAGAAGAAGAAGAACAGGAGGAGGAGGAGCAGCAGCAGCAGGAGGAGGAGGAGGAGACGACGGCCGUGGAGCAGCCGACCACAGUCAACCACAUCAGUGUGAAAAAAGAGGAAAUAAAAACUGCGAGCAGCAUGGAGAAGACUACUGAAUGGUCCGACGAAGACACGGGCGGUAACCCGUUCUCCUCCAACGGCGACGGGAACCCGUUCGAAGACGAGCCGGCUCCCUCGGCCGUAUCUGUGGCUGUCAGAGCGCUCUAUGACUACGAUGGGCAGGAGCAGGACGAGCUGACCUUCAACGCAGGGGAGGAAUUAACCAAAAUCGGAGAAGAAGACGAUCAGGGUUGGUGCAAAGGCCGGCUUAAGAGUGGACAGACGGGCCUCUACCCUGCCAACUAUGUGGAAGACAUCCAGUAAUACAUAAAUAAAUGUGAAGAAAGAGAAAAGUGGUUUGUUGGGAAUCGACAGUGCGUCUGGAUACCAGGUCUCUUCGGCCUUAUUUUGAACCCUUUAGGUCUUCUCCUGUCUGUGAAGACGGGACCGGUGUCGGAGAGAAGCGGCAGAUUGUUAAAGGACCGCGUGACCACGUGUUGCUUUUCAUAGAUCGACAGGCUUAAAAUGGAAGUUAGCAACAAGAAUCCACACGAUUCCAAGCCGUGAAGAUCACACAGAAGAAUUGCUGUCACUGUAUGAACUGUUGUGUUACUUAGAAUCCCAUUCAUGCUGUUACAAAAAUAAUAGCCUUUCAAGUAUAUAUAUUAGAUACAAAUAAAUGUAUGUGUGAAUUCAUGUAUAUUGUGUAAACAAAACACUGGGACGGCACUCUGACAAAUCGUCUUGCGAUGUUACAUGCAGCCUUAAUAUGCGAGCCACUCUGGAUUGUUUAAGAGAGAGGACCUUUUUUUAUAACAUAGUUAUUGAUUCUAGGUUUGAACCCAUUUCCGCCCGCUUGAAUCCAGUCCAUAACUGUUAAUUGUCUUUCUUUGACAAAGUAGGCCCUUUUAUAGAUCAGUGAGACAGGUUUUUAAAAUGUGUGCUUAUAUUGUUCAUUCCUUUCAGGGUUAUGGAUCUUCCAUUCAGUUCAUUGACCGUUCAAGUCAUAAGGAAUAAUCAAAUCAAUUGGGGAUUGAUACUGAUGUUGUUUUUAUUGAGUUCAAGGUGGGUUUGUUCCGGUAGUCAUUGCAAUUGAAUGUACAUUCACUGAUUGUAUUUUUUCAAUUUGGAUUGUUCAGUUUUGCAGAUGUUAGUUUUUUGUCCUUUGUACUGAUCCAUUAACCCCCUGAACAAACUGUUUUCAAGCUCCACACACACAAAAAACUCGUCAUCCAACACUGAAAGUUUUUCACAAACGUCUAUCCCACUUGAAUCUCUAUGUUGUAACUUCAAGCUCACUUCAAGCUAAAAUGUAAAGCUAUUAGUAUUUUAGUGGGGGGGGGGAUAUAUUACAACCUAUUGCAAUAAACCACGGCAGAGUAUGGUAUUACAUACACGCAUGUAAAUAGCCUGGAUGAAAAAUAGAACAAUUUAAGCAUUGAUAUCACAUAUGUUGUUUGAAAUUGAUUGUUAAUUUAUGAUGCCACAAGUGCUUUUGUUCUACUCCUCUGUGACUCAGAAUCUGUUUGUAUGGAAAUUAUAUUUUAUGGCAAAUAUCCCUUUAAUCUGUAACUAUGCUAUAUUUGUAAAUAGAAUUAUUUUCUCCCGUCAAAGAGGGGCAUAUUCAUUGAAUUAUUCAGCAAGUGUGUGAAUAAUUGUUAAUUUUCCCUUAGGAGCUUUGAUAAGAAUGGAUCUACCUGAUUUAAUUAUCUGAUUACAUAUGUUUUGAUUAGCUUGUGUUUUUGCAGAGACGAACUGGAGGCUUUUCACUUGCAGCCUCUAAAUUAAUUUCCCAGUGCAUUGAGGAAGUCAUUGAAAAAAAAGGCUAUUUGAUGCCUUUAACUGCAGCAGAAGAGGAAGAUGAAUUGUUAUUAAUGUUGAGAAAAAAUACAUUUGCUAUGUUUUCAGGUAUGCUGACGUCAUAACGCAGUGACAGCUGUAAUUGCACAGUAAGGUUUGUAAAUGUUGUCCCACAACAUAAUAAAUGAAUUUAUUGGAAAAAAAUAUAUUUUGCCUUGAGUCCUGAUAUUUCUAUUCUUUAACUUUCAACUUAUGUGGACAUUUUACUCUAUGCAAAAGAUGUUAAAAAUGCUUCAUAUUUGUGUGUGUGUGCUAAUGAAGACAAAUAAAGUUCAAAUUUGAACAGAUUUCAAUUCCCA